AUGUACGUUAUCGGUGUUACAGUGCUGCUAUUUGGUAUUGCAGAUGCGCGAGUCUACUGCCAGGACAAGCACGCUGGUGGAUGGAAGCCAUUGGGAAAUACGUGUCAAAUCACAUGCAGUACAAUUGUAACCGCUAUCGAGAAGCUAAAAAUAUCAGACUAUGAUCACCUAAUAGAGGAAACGUUUAAAAACAAAAUAAAUGUGUCCAACAACGACAUCUACAACAUAGGGCAAGAACUAAUACUGAAUAACAUAGAAAGAAAAUCGUAUCCAAUCUGUUCGCACAACGACACUCGCACCCAUUUAGUACUAUAUAACACCUACCAUAGACUGCUGUCAGACGAGCACUUUCCCGCCGCAUUAGAAAAACUGGCGGGAAAAAUGACAGUUAGACUGACAGCUGAAUGUGAAAACACAAAAUCGUAUAAAACCAGUGACGAUUUCUACAAAAAGUUCUAUCAGGAAAAGUGUAGGAGAAAAUUGUCUAAAAGAGCUGACGUUUUAGCGCAUUUUAAGAAGUUUUUGAAUAGACACGCCGAUCUUAAAUAUCAGUUCGAUGACAAGAUGACGAGGGAGAUACUAGAAACGGUAGACAGAGACCAAACUCGCAGAUUAAACUUGGAUUUUACAAACGUAAUCCCACAUAUGAAGACAGCGCUAAGGUACCACGAAGCAAGGAUUAAUAAAAAACUCAUUAGAUUAAAAGGAACUAUGUGCUUGACUAUAUAUUUACCUGGAUGUUAUUGUAAAGUUGGAUAUGUAGAAAACCACGGCCAAUGUGUAAAACCAGAAGUGUGCAUCAGUAAAGAAAUGAACGAAGAAUAUUUAGAAAGAAUUAUAUUAUACUAG